CCUUGACAUGAUCCUUAACACACACUUGCUCCCAUUUCUGAUUCGCGAUCACGUAUUCGUCAGCCCUGCUCACCAUCCUCUGCUCUGCCUUGCUGCAAGCGCCUUCCGAUGUCCUACCGCUGCGGCUGCUCUGCAUGAUCUCACACUCAUCCGAUCAUCCCGCUCAGCUCAGCAUGAGCACCUCGCUCCCCUCCCCCCUUCUCUCGCAACCCCUCCCGCUAUCCGCCCGUCAAUUCCUCUCGACCAUCGCCUCGCUACCCACUUUCGACAAUCCAGGUCCAUCUCAAGGUGCGAAUCAUUCACAGCAACAUCCAAGCAGACCCGCCUCCUCGCCCUCGCCCACCACCAGCUCGCCCGCGACCUCAUCAUCUGCCCAACCCACCAGCCCAAUUCAACCCGCGCUCCCUCGCGGCGUCCACCAGAAUCUCCGCGUAGCAGUAGGCGUAGUAGACUGCCUCAUCGACCAGCUCUCCCACGAAGCACCUGCCCGCUCGAACGCUCUCGCUCGCCUCCAUCUGGCAGCGGCAAUCGAAGGCUGCAAGUUCGUGGCAUGCACCCUCUUCUACCAGGACUGCUCGCAGCCACUCCUGCCCAAUGGGGUCGCCAUUCGCAGAUUGGACCGACUCGUGGCCCUAGCCUGCUGGACGGCAUGCUGGUUUCGACGCCAGAGACAGUUGCCCGAGCUAAUCUGCCCGUAUCAGGAAUGUGUGUAUGCCAUUCAGCUCGUGGCAAAGGCGUUUGUGGAACAUAUUGAGUUGGAGCCGUUGCUGGAGGUGGUUACCAGAAUCGAGCCGCAUCAUUAUCUCGCCAUGAUGCGACAUCAAGAGGCGAGGAUAUCCGUCUUUGAUGCGAUGGAUAGGGGUGAGGGGAUGGGCAAGAAUGCGGCAUAUGAGUGGUUGAGUAGGACGGAGGCGUGGUUGAGUAGCCAGAUGGAGGGGUUGGUUCGAUUCAGGUUGUGGCUUGGAACGAGUAGCGAAGGAGAGGCGGAGGAGCAAGAUGUCACGCCCGACGAGGAAGAAGCCAACACCCCCGCUGCAACCUCGACCACGAUCCCCGACGCAGACGACAAGUCACCCACCAUAUCCUCCCCUUCACCAACAGAGGAAGUCAUUUCCCCCACUCCCGUAGAGCCACCCAAAUUGCCGCCACCAACACCCCCCGCCUCCCCUCCCAUCAGCCCAGAGCCACUGCCCACCUCAACCCCCUGGUGGGUGCCCCCUCUUGGUCUCGAGCUCGCAAACAUCAACGCCAGGACCCGCAGUAUGGCCCAGCCCGGCCCCUUCACGCCGCGUAGCAGUGCCAUGCGGGACGUGCGGCUCACACAGGAAGCAGUCAGUGGCGCAUUGCUCGCCGGAGGGCUCAUACCUAUACCGCCGUCGCCAUCUCCGCUGGUUGGGGUCCAAAAGAAGAAAAGGAAGAACAAGAAGGGGAAAGGAAAGAAGAACGGCGAAGGGAAGCAGACUUUUGAUGGUCACACAGUCAAGUCGUGUUAUGCAGCUGCCUGUAUGAGUCCGGUCGCGUCGGCUGAGCCAGCGGCGUAGGUUGCGACUUGAGCUCUUCGGCUCACUCCUCCUCAUUCAGCAAUUAUUGCCUCGCCAUACCCUACUGACCUCCAACAUCCAACCACCCCGAAUUCAAGUUCGAGCUCUUUGCUUUGCUAUGACUAC